ACGCACACUGAGCAGCUCUGGGAAGCAGACGGAGGAACACUUGCCCUGCACCAUCAUCAUCAUUAAACGUUCUUUUGUCCAAUAAUCUGACUCUAUUAGACCUAUUUUUUCAUGCACUGCUUUUCAGGUGCUUAUAAAUACCUGUAGUCUUAAGCAGUGUGUCAAGGAAUUGUGUGCCCUCUCGAAUAAAUAUGAACAGGCUGCGUUUGAGUGUCGUGUGUGUGUGCGAGCAGCAGCGCAUCCAUCGGCGUCACAUCCAUCGCGGCUACUCCAAACGCUUUGUGUCACGCAGCAGGUUGACCAAACAGAGCCAGUACUGAUCCAUAAGCACUGACAUGUUGCGUCCAGCUUGAUGUCUGCGCCAGCAUCCAGUGACCGGGCAGGAUGUUGAGUCGAGUGCUGAGCGGCAGCGUUCGGAGUCUGGACAGAGAAUUCAACUGCACUGUCCGGCUGCUGGACGACACGGAAUACACCUGCACGGUUCAGAGAGACGCAAAGGGUCGAUGGCUUUUUGAGCAGAUUUGCCAUCAUUUGAGCCUGUUAGAGAAAGACUACUUCGGCAUCAGAUAUGUCGACCCAGAGAAACAGAGGCAUUGGCUAGAGUUAAACAAGCCAAUUACCAAACAGAUGAGAUCGCAACCACCGUUCAUCAUGUGUUUACGGGUGAAGUUCUAUCCCCCUGAUCCUGCUGCUCUCAAAGAGGAGAUCACCAGAUAUUUGGUCUUUUUGCAGAUUAAGAGAGAUUUGUACCAUGGCCGACUGCUAUGCAAGAGCUCUGAUGCUGCCCUGCUGGCUGCUCAUAUUCUACAAGCUGAAACUGGAGACUACACUCCAGAAAAGCAUCCAGAAGGCUACAGCUCCAAAUUCCAGUUCUUCCCCAAGCACUCUGAACGCCUUGAACGCCGCAUUGCUGAAAUUCACAAAACCGAGCUAAUAGGCCAAACUCCUGAGACGUCUGAGUUGAAUUUCUUAAAGAAGGCUCAGACUUUGGAGAUGUACGGAGUUGAUCCACACCCUUGUAAGGAUGUGUCAGGAAAUGCUGCAUUUUUGGGUUUUACUCCGUCUGGCUUUGUGGUGCUUCAAGGGAACCGACGAGUUCACUUCCUCAAAUGGAAUGAGGUCACCAAAAUGAAGUUUGAAGGGAAGACCUUCCACAUUUAUGCAAACCAACAGGAAGAUCAGAAUAUCAUCCUGACCUACUUUGCACCAACGCCUGAAGCCUGUAAGCACCUGUGGAAGUGUGGAGUGGAGAACCAGGCUUUCUACCAGUUUGAGAAAUCCAGUCAAGUACGGACAGUAUCCAGCAGUAAUCUCUUCUUUAAAGGGAGUCGUUUCAGAUACAGUGGGAAGGUAGCUAAGGAGGUGAUGGAGCAAAGUGCCAAAAUCAGACGAGAGCCACCAGAAAUCCACCGGGCUGGGAUGGUCCCUAGUAGGAGUUGUCCUUCCAUCGCUCACGGUCCGCGACAGAGUAGUGUUCCACGAACAUGCAGAAGAGCAGUCCAUAUGUCUAUAAUGGAGGGUUUGGAGUCUUUACGUGACAGUGGCCACUCCACCCCAGUGCGGUCCAUCGCUCAUGGCGAGUCCUUACUGAGGUCCCAUAGCAAUUGUGCUGAAGGUCGAAAUGGGGCAUCAGAAUUUUCGGAGGAGUUGUAUAGGCCCACUGACAGUGUGUUACCCACACCCGUCUCCAGCAACUGUUCACUGGACCAGGCCUUGUGUCAGCACAUGAACAGCCCUCCCAGUAUCCAAGAGGAGAAAAAAACUGAAGCAGGUAUUCCACAAAGUGGGAGGCUGGUUGUCGCUAAGUUUACAGGAAGAGUCUAUCACCUGGGAAAGAUCCAGACACCCCCUGGUAGCAUGGAGGUAAAGCAAGUGAGUAAGGUGAUUGGAAGUUUGGCACGGCUCUUCUUGGUCACCCUCACUCUGCUCCUGGCUCUCCUCCUGCUUCUCAUUGCUCUGACAGAGUCUGAACUCGAUGUGGCCUUUCUGAGGGACAUCCGGCAAACAGCGGAGUUUCAGCAAUUCCACAAUGAAUACUUUUGCCCGCUGAGACGCUGGCUAGCCUACAAGCUGCGCUGGAUGGGAGGCUAGCUCAUGAAUAAAUGAGAGACUGGGAAUGUGUGACAGGCUUCUCCAUUUUCUAUCACUAUUCUAUUAUGGCAUCAUGUACUUAGAACUUUCAAAUAAAAACCCAGGCCAAAGCCACAGACAUCCCCAGUGCCAUGCCACGAAGACUGUGUACAUGUUUUGUUUCUCGUUAUUGUAAAGUUUUACUCAUUAGUGUUGGUCUAAGUAGAAAAUGUUAGCAACUAGACCACAGUGCUGUUGACUUCUCAAUUCUGAUUGGUCAGAAGGUGUAGAUUAAUUUUCUAUAAAAGCAGCUCUGACAAUAGUGCUGGCUAUAAUUCAAACGAUAGGUUUAUAUUAAUGCACUCAUUCUGAUAUGUUAUUAUUUCUAUAGAAACAACUUAUUCACAGGGACUUGUAUGGCGGACGAUCUACAUAAUCUAAGGCUAGUAAUAAACGAAUUAAAAAACAUGCCGUUAGUUAACAAAGAAAAACGUAUAAUCACUGAUAUGGUGAAGCUUUCUUUUUUAGGAGGUGUUUAUUUGAUUUUAUGGCAGGAGUCUUGCAAGGCUGUUGAGGGAAUGAUUUUUAUAGCUGCUAUACCGGAACUAACUUGUCUUUCAGACCUUUCAUAACAUUCAAUGUAACUAGAAAUGGAAAAAAACUCAUGUCAUUCAUUAAUGAAUUAAAAAUUGCCAUUGUUGGCAAAUCACUGUGGUAUACUGUAAGAGGAAUAAACCACUUCUGGAAAUGGUGUUAUAGGACAAUAAUCAUGGGCUGCAUGACACCACUCCGUUGUUGAUUCAUUUCCUAUAACAGCACAUCCAGGCGUGUUUUAUUCCUUACUUAAUCAAUUUUGUCACCACCUGUUUUGUGUUUUUCACAAUAUCAAAUGGACUGAUGGAACACUUUUUCAAUUUCACUACGUCUUAUCCUCUUCUUUUUUCUUUUACUCUGUGCAUGACCCUUUAUUUUUUUAUUUUUUCUCACCGCCAUUAUACAUUUACUGUGUGACAAGUGACCGAAUACUGCAGACAAAGAUUCUUUUUUUAUUUUAAUUGAUGCUGGAUAAUAUAUAGAAUAAUAAGAUGCACAGGGAUGUUCUGACAUGAGGUAAACUGGUAAAUGGAUUUGAGAGCUUAACAGAUAUUGUCCUGUGUGAUUAUUAGUUUGCUCCUCAGUGAUGUGCCAUUAAUAUCAAUAUUCUCUGUUGAGGGUAAUGACAAAGGGUUAAUAUGUGUGAUGUAGAGGCUAAAUCUUAUUUUAAGGAAUGGUUCGUACAAAAAUCUAUCCGACAUGGUUUCCCUCUUGCCUUAAUUAUGCACCAUUUAACAUUUUAUUUAAACGUUUUAUAGGGUUUUUUUUGUAGAGUGAUGCAUAUUGCAAGUCAGAGUCAUCCUUGUCAAAGGAAAAUAGUACUUCCAUGUUUAGAACGUUGCUGAGCCUAUUGGAGCAAUAUUUAUUGGUUAUUGAAAUAUCUAUGUAUUUACAAAAUACCAGACAAUGGAACUGUAUCAAUGAAUGAAGUAAAGUGUCACACCAAGUGUUUUCGUAA